UCAACAAGUGAUCUACAUGUAUAUCGUGUAUUUUGUGUUUGUCUUUUAGAAUCGCAGGCUCCAAAUUUUACAUCAACACCUUCGAGCCCAUUGCAAGUGGUGGAGGGUGGGAAUGUGACUUUGCAAUGGACGUACAACACUGGAGGAAGUGCAUUUCAAGAAGCCGAGUUUGAGUCACAAGGGUUCCCUUUCAUUGUUAGGAAAACUAGCGGAGUCUCCAUAAAUAUCCUUUUAUCCUUCGUUGGACGAUUGACAGCAGAUAUAACGGAAACAAAUGCUUCCAUCACGUUCCUUGCAGUUGACAGGGGCGACAGUAGAGUCUAUGAUUUUUCUCUCCUCAAUCAAGACAAUCAGUUUACUGUGGAAUCGUUUACUAUGGAUGUACAGUGUAAGUCGACAUUUUUAAGUAGUAUCCUUUUUGUGUUUGUCACGGUGGUUUAUCACUUUCAGAAACUGUUAGAAACCCUGCUAAUGCAUAUCAGAGUGCCCGAAAGCUUCUUUCAUCUAGCGAUAAUGGAUUACUUUUCCGGUUUGAAAGAGAUGUGGUGAAAUCACAUGGAUUGUUAAAAAGGGAAAAAAGCCUUGGGUGCGUGAGUCAUCGCCAACUGAACAAAUACACAAACCGCUAUUCAAAAAGUUCAACCACAUUCAGCAUUUUCUUCAUAUUUCUUGCUAGCAUUCCUUUUUAAAACAGCGGUACAUAAAGCCAUCGUGGGUUUUUACGUCAACAUCAAUUUUCAGUUUACUACAAAGUAUUUUCGGGAUCCAUUGCCUAGAAACAGCAAUUAGUUUGCCGAGGUUUCCCAAAUGAAUUAAGGCCAUGCAUACGUCAUUAAAUUAACUUGAAAAAAAGUACUUGGAAAUAUCCAGAACGGGCUUUGAAAUGAUUUCUAAUUUCAAGCCUUUCCUUCGCCAGAAGCGAUUGGUGAUGAAUGAAUAAACUAAGAAGGCUUACAAUGUAAACAACGUGAGCCUCCAUGCAUAUAAUCUUGCCUUUUUAGCUACAAAAGCGAACAUCUAUGUUUGUCCAUGAAACGAUGGAUAUUGAUAACUUAAUUAGCGGACUUGUUCACGCGAAAUCAGUGGAUAGACUGAAAAAAAGACGGCGGAUCUCUUAGAUGUGUAAAACCGUCAUUAAAUAUUCUAUCAAGAUCGAAAACACUCACUUUUAUUUGAAUUUGCAUUUUUACCCAUUUUGCAUGGAUGAUUAGUGUUGAAGUUAAUUCUUCAUCGUGCCAUUUUUGUUUAUUUAUCAGAAACAUAUGAUUGAACGUUAAGGGGUUAAGGAUGUGUUGAAUGUGAAACAAGUAAGAUUAAAUAUUUGUCAGUGUUAUUAGCACGUGUAUAUUGCUUUUGAUGAUUUGCAAAGGAACCCUGGAUCUUAUAUUUGCUGGAAGCUCAUCCUCGUUAAUGAGCAUUUUUGUUAUAAAUUAUUGAUAUUGCUCAGGGAAUGUUUGUCAUGGCUUUUAAUAGUUAUGAUACCAAUUCUGUUUGCACCGUCAUUGUUACAAACGUCAUACUAGAUUCCUUGUAUUUGUUUUAUGCUGUGCACCUUCCCACGAUUUUUCUAGUUAAAUUUAAUUCCACAAAGGAAUUGGUUCAUUUUUGCUAAUUUGUCUUCAUUCCAUGUAUGCAGUGAAGGAUGACAGAUUUUGUUUAAGACUAUAAAUGCAUUUUGUAGAGGCAAAAUUAUUCAAUAAAAUGAUUAUUAGAACUAAAAGCCAUAAAAUUAAUAGAGAAUGUUUGGGCUGGUUUUGAUAAUAUCAUUAGAGCUUUCUUUAUCUCUUACUUUGACAGUACAAAAAUGGGAUUUUGCUGCUAAGUCAUACUUCAUCUAUUCGCCUUUUUUGUUUAUGCAUGCACUCGUUCCUUGAUAUUGUGGUGUAAAUAUUAUAUUUUACACUAAAGCUAAAAGCUAAGAAUAUUUUAGCUAUCAAGUUUUGGCUUUUAGAAAGCAAUAGUUACUUAUUUAAUGUAUUACUUAUCCUGCAGUUAUGACUGUUGUCUAAUUUCUCCUCACAAAAUCAACCCUGCUUCAUUAAUUAAUGGCAAAGUUACAAAAUUAACCAAAAAUAAAAUGUUUUAAUUUUAAAACAAUAAAAUCAAUAAGAUUUAUGAUUAUUCUGAUCAAGAGCAUAAAAAAAAAACAAGAGAAAUCUGUUUGUGAAUUGUGGAGUAUACUCUAAAAUUAUAAACUGUGCAAACACCUCAAUUAAAAAAUAAUAAUUAGUGGUUGAUUGCAGACAGAGUGCUGUGGAUGUUUCUAGAAAGCAAGAAUUCUAUGCUUUUGUGUUAACAAAAAUUACUGGCAAUUGAAUAGCAUCAUUUCUGGGUCAAUAAUCUUCCUUUGCAAGAGGUCAAUGAAAGCAUAUUAUUAAUAACAAAAUGCCAAUAAUUUUAAAAGGUUCAUUAUGCUGAUAAAUCAUCAAAACAUAUAAAAAGUCUACAAGUCUUGAUUUCUCAUACAUGUUAUAGUCCAAUGUUUUUUUACAAGACACUUCUUAAUUUUUUUUGAUGAAGCAGAUUUGUAGUGGUCCAUUGGUAUAAAAAAUUCAAACCAGCUUUGUAAUGUCUUAUUACCAUUACAAUCCACAAAUAUCAUGCUGAGUUUAAUUUUUUUAACCAAAAAAAGAACAAUUUGAACGACAACAUGUGCAAAAGAAUUUAAUAAAUAAUCAAGUUAGUUGUUGGUACAAUCUAUUCCCAAAAUAGACCAAUAUAGAAGCCACCUACAUGAAUAUGUAGAUGUAAAAUCUACUAGGGUUAGCUUUUUGCUAUCACUCUCAUUCUGGUAACAAAGGUGGAAUAUUGUUUUUUAUCCAAGUACCUGUAGGUGGAGAACAAAUUAAUUUUAACCCACAACAAAAAUAGUCAUCCAAUGAGCCUAAAACUAUUCAAAUGAAAUCCUUCUGAAUAUAGACAGUGUAAAAAUGCUGAUUACUGAAUCUUUAGUGGCAUAAUAGCCUUUGAUAGCCUAAGUCAGUGAAUUGGUAUGCUCCAGUGAUUUUGUUACCCCUGCAUCCCUGACAGGUAAAAAUUCUCAAAGAUGCAGAAAAAUUGACGUCUUGCACCCUUUGGGAUGCAACGAUUGAUUGCUUGAUUUAAAAAAUGCUUUUGAAGAAAUUAUGCUCUCCGGCCAUGUUUAGUUUACUGUUGGAGUGGUUACUCAUUAUCUUUGCCAGAAAGUUUCACUUGAGAGAAACACGCGUGAUCAGAUAAUGAGUGAAAGAAGGUCCAAAUGCGCGGGAUUAAAGUGCGUUCUGUGCAUUCCAUUCAUCCUUAGUACGAAGUCCAUGCAUAACCCGUUCGUGAUACACCCAUUUGAGCAAUUGUACCCCACUUGGGAUACAUUACAGCACAUGAUCGAAGCAUGGUGGAAGUUAGUGGCACGACAGAAGACGGGAAAAACCCUGCCAGUUUUCUUUUUCAUUAAUGAACACAACAACACAAACCUGAAACCUCAAGCUAGAAAGAGCAACGAUUUUGAAAGUUAUCCAGACGAGAAACAGCAGCUAAAUAUAACUAGUGGAGGAAAAAGAUGCAGAUAAUAUGAGGAAAAUUUGUACUUUGUCCGAGUUCAUUAAGAAUUAUAACAGAUAUGAGCCAAGUACCGAGUAGACUGUUUUGAUUCGCUCCGGUUAUUCUUCAGUUACCAUUGAAGUGAAAGUCUAGAAAUAAUAACAAAACACUUAAUGUCAGGUCCCUCAGGAAACAGUUAGUUCUGUUUUCCCUUGAGUACUGAUGUUUUCCGAGACAAAGUCUCUUUAAUAUACUUGUUCCACAGACAAGACUUAGUCAUGUCAGAGGUUUACAUGUUCGAACUAAAUAUUUUCUUCCUGUCUUGAACAAUGGGACGUAGGUUUUGGCCCACCCUGUAAAUGAUUUACAUGUAUAUGUUGUCCAAAAAUAAAGAUUAAAAGAACACAAGCAAACAAACAUACAAAAAGUGAUUGAACAAAUCUCCAGGAAAUGUUAUCCACAUCAGCUUUCAGGUUUUACAGAUAUCACCCUCCUUGAUCAACAUGAUAAAAGAAAAAUUCAUUUCUUAUUCUAAAAUUAAUACAAAAAUAGUAAUUUAUUGUUAUAGUCUGCCUCAUUCAUUAAUUGUGUAUUAUUUGUUAACUCUUUUCAUAUCAAGGUGUCCCUGUCUAUCUCUUCUCUUUUCAGUCAAACCAGAGGAUGUGCAGUUAACAACAAAUGCCUCUGCUAAUAAAGCAUGUCCGAAUGAUGUUGUGUCCUUCGACUGCUCAGCUGCUAAUGCAAACCCACCUGCAAUGUAUCACUUUUUUGAGAAUGAUGUUCUGUUUGGUAGUAGCAGCUCAGGAAUGCUCAGCAAAAUGGUGAUGAACAGUGGUAAUUUAACAUACAAAUGUGUGGCAAACAAUACUGCAGGAACAACAAGCAGCCAGAAUGUUUCCAUUACUGUUAAUGGUAAGUCUAAUCAUGAUCAUGAAAACAUAGGCUGUGUUCUGUUUUCUUUCCCGUUUGUUUGUAUAAAGUUGUUUGUUUCUUUGUCAGUUCCCUUCUUGUUGCAGUGUGCGUGUAUCAUUAUUCUUCCUGACAUUUUUUAAGUACACUGUAGACUGUCUGAUGCAUAAAAAAUUACAUUUAAGGUCAAUUUUGCAGUCUUAUAAUUUGUUCAGUGUUGUUCUGUGCAUUCAGUGAAUGUUUUCACCUAGACUCAGUAAUAUUACACUACUAAACAGAAUGUUGUUUUGGCAAGGUGUUAAAAUAAGAGUCAUCAGUACAUUUUUAGAGGGUCAUUUCAGCCUUGUUGUAACAGGCAUUUUGUAGCUUCUCCAACCAAUCUUGCGCUGUUUUGAUUUCUUCUCCUCCUGUUUCCCCUAUAUCCUCCACUGCCCAUCAGUGUGAUGGGUGCCUGGAUGCCUUGCAUGGGCCUAAGAUCAUGACUGAAUUGCAGGGAUUUUCGGCCUUGUAGACAUCGAUUCUAGAGUCUUACUUAACUAGAUUGGAAGCCUGGACAUCUCAAGUGCCCCCAAAAUAAAACAGCCCUUAUGUAUAUGUAGCAGAGCAGUGGUCAAUACUGCCAACUCUACUUAUUAAUUUUGAUUGCAAAGAAGUUGUUAAGAGAUAAUUUCACUGGGUUUUUUUGUUUGUUUGUUAGUAAAUUAGAUAACAACAGAACAUGGUCUGGUAGGCAGUGAAAUUUACACUGUAGUUAUGUGGUAAACAUUGCUUUUCGUUGGUAGUAAAUAUGCUGAGUCUUCCAUGACAAGUGGUAUCUUGAGAUCCCAUAAUUUAAUAUUAUGUUGGGUUGCAGAUAAUCCCCUGCUUCUGAGUUCCUUUUCACAGCCUUGUCACUUAACUACCAGUUUGUAAUCACAGAUCUGAAAUAGUGAACACAGCUUUUUUAUGAUGAUAAGUCAUACACACUGUGCUUACUGGUGUUUUUAAAAAAGAGAGAGUUAAUAAAAGCAUUAAAUCUUUAAUGUCACUUGAUUGCAGUGCCUUCAUCCAUCCAGUCAAUCGGAGAUCAGUUUAUUAUUGAAAGUCACAACACAAGCCUGUUUUGUAAUGUAUCUGGGACCCCUCAGCCGACGGUGUUUUGGAUUAAUGUUGCCAGUGGUCAGCGGACUAACAGCAGUGUACUGGAGUUUACCAACAUUAACAGAAGUGAAGCUGGAGAAUACAGAUGUGAAGCUAGCAAUGAGUGUGGGAGUGUAGUAGAGGUUGCAAACGUUACUGUGCAGUGUGAGUAGAUGUUUCAUGAGACAUCACAUAGGUCUAUCUGUGCAAUUACAUUACAAGCUGGAAAUUUUCUCACUCUGAAAAAAUCCUUAACAGCUAUGUUUCAACAAAAGUCAAUAGUGAUGCUAUACUGACACUGUAUGAUAAUCCCAACAUUUUACAAUGUAAGGAAAGGCAAUACUUUUUAUACAGAUACCAUGAUAAUAAAUUGUUAUACUACAAAAUCCUCAUUUGUGUAAUUAACAGUUGAAAUUCAAAGGAAUACUGAAGAAUACAAAAUUUAUCGUAUGCUGUACUGUACACUGAAUGCCACAUUUUAUGUGCCAUUUUAGUUAUUGUUAAGUUAAGAUAGAUUGCCUUGCAUUGAUAUUAGUCUUAUUUGCUUUAAUAAAAAUAAUGUUGUAUGUUCAGCUAAUGAAACUGAAAUUUGACCACAUGCGGAAGUAAGUACAGUAUUUCAAGUCCUACAGGUGAAUCUUACAAGUAUGGAGGUUAAAUCUACUGUGUUUUGAAGUGUUGAAGCAGAAUGAAUGUUUUUGGAAGAGUUUUUACUACCUUUACAAAUAGCCCACUUCUGUCUGUACCCUGAGACGCUUUUUUUCUUAAAAUAAUACUUUUCAUAUGGGUUUUUACUCCAUUUUAGAUCCACCAGAAAAUGUCCAAUUGAUGACAAACGCCACUGCAAGUAAAGCCUGUCAGAAUGAUGUUGUCAGCUUCAUGUGCUCAGCUGAUGCUGUUCCAUCUGCAAUGUCAUUCCAGUUGUUCAAAGAUAACGUUCCCAUGGAGACAAGUGACUCAGGAAUGUGGACAAAACCCCUAUCAGAAGGUGGUGUGUUUGCCUACAAAUGUGUAGCUAACAAUUCCAUUGGAUCAACAAGCAGCGCAACUGUUUCCAUUACUGUUAAUGGUAAGUGA